AUGGGAAAUUGUUUGAAAUCCGUUUCAACUGAUGACAUAUCGCUAUUACGUGAAAAUCAAAGCGCCAGGGAAUCUUCAUCUGAUCAACUUGGACCCCCUCCGCCUUAUCAGGAAACAGUUUCUGUUCCCGUUUAUUAUCCAUCUCCAAACGUCAGUCGUCCAGCAUCUCAACUAACUGAAGAGGAGCAAAUUAAAAUUGCUCAAAGAAUAGGACUUAUACAGCAUCUUCCAACAGGGAAAUAUGAUGGGAGCAAGAAAAACAGAGAGUGUGUCAUAUGCAUGGGAGAAUUUUUGAUCGGAGAUGCCAUUCGAUUUCUGCCAUGCAUGCAUAUCUAUCACACGGACUGUAUCGACGAUUGGCUAAUGAGGUCGUUCACUUGCCCUUCGUGUAUGGAACCUGUGGAUGCAGCUCUUUUAACCACAUACCAAACAAACUGA